AUGGACCGCCAUGUCCACCACACCAAAGGUGACAAGCCCUUCCAGCUCGGUUUCGAUAUCCGGCAGAUCCGGAUACGCCGUAAGGACCCGCUCUUCUGGACUCGGUCUCUCGUCGCCUUCACCUCCUGGUUUCGUCCUGAUCACCAGCAGCGCGUGGACUGUAGCCAAGCGCUCAAGGCUCGAAGUCUCAGCUAA